AUGGAAACAAUGGGGACCAAAGCAUCAGCCAGGGAGGAAGAAUCAAUUCCCUCUGAUUUGUUCUUAUCAUUGCUGAAGUCGCGGGCAGCAUCCAACGCACCGUUUUUUGUAUACAUCAUGUGCUUCGGAGGGAAAGAAAGGGAAGGGAAGGGAGAGAAUAAAGGGAUACUCAACUUGGAAGGGGGUUUCCAAUUCCAGCGAAGUCUCACAAGAUCGUGUUUCGUCGAACCAUUUCGUGUGAAUGCUCUUGCUCUACGUGCUUGGAAACUUCCUGGUACUGGUUACCUCGAGGAGCAUUCUGCAACUGAAAGGCGAUGUCAGAACAAAUUGGCGCUCAAAGUUGGCUUGUGGGGAAGUUAUGUGAGUGUUUAUCACGGUGGUGGUAGUGCUGACGCUGAAUCUGUGGCAUUGAAGCAUAAUAGUGAAAGGAGAAACAUCUACUUUAGAAUUUGGAUAGUCUGCGAUGCCGAAAGCCAGAUGUCAGAAGCCGUGACUUGUACAGCGGGUUGGUGGGGGUUGAACGGAAAUUUGUUGAAGGUUGUGUUGAAGGGAGAUAUUGGUGCGAAGGAAAUUUUUUCCGUGUGUCAACGGGACGCGAGGUUCGCGCUGAGAAAGGCCCGGAAAACAAGUUCACGAGUCGAAGAAAUAUAUAAAUGCUUGAGUUAUAGAGUAAUCAAAAGCCCAGUUGCGGAUUUUAAAGUUUUCAGCAUCCGGAUUGUCAUAUCCAAGUAUAGCCGUAGAGAAGCUGUGAGGUAUGACUUGACGUUCGAUCUGGAGGCUGACCUGCUACCGAUUGGCACCAAGGGCAGUGACUACAGACCAACCAAUGUUAGAGCCCUCGAUGAUUACCUAGGUGCUAUGUGGUGCUCUCUUGCUAUAGCUCAUAAUAUCAAUCUGGCUAUAUUCCUACCCUUCGACGUGGCACCGGAUGGCUACCAAUAUCCCGACCGUGCUUGCUGUGGGAUGGCGUACAAGCCACGCGCGCAUAUUCAUGGCGACCCUCAUCACGGUGGAAUGGGCCCGGAUAGGCGUAUUGGCUAUAUCCACUAUGUCGAUGACGAUUCGGAUAUCGUCUUCCUCGGCGUUGAAGGCUUUAGCACAACGUGGAUUACCAAAGAGGAAUGGGCAAAUUUUCACUACCACUUUGUCGAUGUCGCCACCGGCCUUGACGGCGAGAAUUUUGCUGUGAUGGCACACCCAGAGGAACGACGCUGA